GGCUGCCUCCAUAGCCAGUGGAGCCAGAGUAGCUCUAUAGCCUCUGCGAAGAACAAGCGUUCUCCCUCUCCAAUGCCGAGGGGAUGGGAGAUGGGAUUCUCUCUGGCGCCCUCGUCCUAGGGGCUGGGCAGUAGGGUUCUUGCGCGCUUUCUUUCUCCCGUGUCGCGGCGAUGGCGUGUUUGAUCGGUGUUUGAUCCUAUGAAGCUGGAAAUCGCAGGUGGAGCUUUUGCUGCCUGUUGAUGGAGGAGACAAUAAGGGAUUUUUCCUCGACUGGAGACCACCACGACUGUGAGAAAGAGAUCCUUUUGGUAUGGCUGCAGAUCAAAGACCGUCCAAUUCUCCUAGAUCAAGCAAGCCAACUUCCGCGUCCAUUACAAGCGUGAACUCGACCGAGAUUUACUACUCGCGUCAAAAGGCUGCGUCCGAUAGGAACUUGGAGCUCGACAGUAACGCUAACACAAACUGGGACAACCCUUGCAUGGCUGACACCAGUCCACUUACAGACAACUCCACAGACGUUGAGCCUUCCCCAAAGGCCGGAAAAUCAGCUAUAGUUUCCACUGUUCAUGACACCAACAAGAAUGCAGAUACCAAGACGCUGAGGAGACUCGCGCAAAACCGAGAAGCAGCACGCAAGAGCCGGCUAAGGAAAAAGGCGUAUGUGCAGCAACUAGAGUCCAGCAGAAUUAAAUUAAACCAGCUUGAACAAGAGCUCCAACGUGCUCGACAACAGGGGUUUUACUUUGGAGGCUCGUCCAGCGAUCAAAAUGGAGGCAACACCAACAAUACCAAUGCUGCAAACUCUGGUCAGUCCAAACUUCUGAACUUCCGAAAGUUGAUCUCAUCAGAGUUUUUGUUUGUCCCAGGUGCAUUGGCAUUUGACAUGGACUACGCGCGAUGGAUGGAAGAACACCAGAGGCAAGUUAGCGAGCUCCGAUCCGGCUUGCAAGCACACAUGGCUGACAACGAGCUUCGUGUUCUAGUCGACGGCUUUAUGUCGCAUUACGACGAACUCUUCCGCCUUAAAGGCGUUGCUGCGAAAGCCGAUGUCUUCCACCUCGUCUCUGGGAUGUGGAAAACUCCCGCCGAGAGGUGUUUUAUGUGGAUGGGUGGCUUCAGGCCAUCAGAACUUCUCAAGAUAUUGAUUCCACAGCUCGAGCCUCUCACCGAGCAGCAGCUUUUAGGAAUUUGUAACUUACAGCAGUCGUCACAGCAGGCCGAGGACGCUCUCUCGCAAGGGAUGGAAGCUCUCCAGCAAUCACUCGCGGACACACUGGCUGCCGGCUCUCUGGGAAACUCCCCCAACGUAGCGAACUACAUGGGACAAAUGGCCAUGGCAAUGGGAAAGCUCGGAACUCUCGAGAACUUUGUUCGCCAGGCAGAUAAUCUCCGCCAGCAAACGCUGCAGCAAAUGCACAGGAUUCUAACCACGAGACAAGCCGCUCGGGGGCUCCUUGCGAUGGGGGACUACUUCGCGAGGCUGCGAGCUCUAAGUUCUCUAUGGUCGGCGCGGCCCAGGGAGUGAAGUAUCUCGAUCGCAAAGAGAAGUUCUUCGCGGGCUCCAUAAACAAAGAAAUAGCCAAAGUGUUCACGUGAAAGGAAAAACAUCACGAUUCACGGGUGUAUGAUAUCAAAAGCUGUUUAAACUGUAAACUGGUUGGUUGGUUUUCUCC